UGUAGAGACUUGGUCCACGAUUCCCACUAAACAAAGUGUGCUUUAAGCCAAUGGAAGGAGGAGUAGCAGCAGCAUGAAUUCACGAGUAAACCAACAAGAGAUUUUCGAAUCAAAUGCGCAUUCAGGCAGUUGUGGAUCAUACAUUCAGUUUUAGUUUUUACUACACAGAAUAACCCCCAACCUCCUCUUUCUCUUCCACGCCUCAUUGAUCGAUAACACAUUCCCCCGACCCACAAACCCUAGAAUUUGAGAAAUCGAAGUGGGGUUGGGUUAUUUUGCAGGUUUAACAUCUAAUCAUGAACAAUUUUCUUAUCCUGGACUCGAAUCUUUCCCGUUGUUAGAGUGAACUAGAUGGAGAGCACGCAUUAGUGGAUUCUGGGUGUUAAUUUUUUCUGGUUUAGUUAGAAUUAGGGAUUUCUAUGGCGAUCUUGACCGUUAAAUACUCUUUGAUUUGAGGAUUUUUGACUCCCGACUUUGGUUCUUGAUCAUGGCCAGGCGACAUGGAUGGGAACUUCCUGCUCACACUUUUCAGGUUGUGGCUAUUACAGUAUUCUUCUUGUUGUCAGUUGCCUUCUAUGCAUUUUUCUCACCUUUUCUUGGAAAGGCUAUCUAUGAGCAUGUGGCAUAUGGUGUCUAUUCCUUCUUGGCUCUCUGCGUAUUUGUCCUUUAUGUAAGAUGCACGGCUAUCGAUCCUGCUGAUCCCGGCAUUCUAAUUGAACCGGAUAGGGCAUCACCUUAUAGAUCGCAUAACGGUAUAGAAGUUCCUGGAAAUGCAUCUUCUGUUGGAGAACCUAGCAAGAUGGGGUUUCAGAAUGGUGGAAUAUAUGACAACGGUAGUCCAGGUUUCUGUUCGAAGAUCGGGGGACUCUUUUGUGGUUGUAUUGUUAAAGAGGAUUGUCGAAAAGAUGAAGACAUGCAACAAGGAGGGGAGGAAGAAGCUUUAUUCUGCACAUUGUGCAAUGCAGAGGUGCGCAAGUAUAGCAAACAUUGCAGAAGUUGUGAUAAAUGUGUUGAUGGGUUUGAUCAUCAUUGUCGGUGGUUGAACAAUUGUGUUGGGAGGAAAAAUUACUUUACAUUCGUGUGCUUAAUGGCUGUAAGCCUUGUUUGGCUUACUUUUGAAUGCGGGGUUGGGAUUGCUGUUCUCGUUCGAUGCUUUGUAGAUAGAAGGGCAACGGAAAAUCAGAUUGCUGACAGACUUGGAGAUGGAUUCAGUAGACCUCCAUUUGCAACCGUGGUGGCAAUAUGUACGCUUGUUUCUUUUCUGGCCACCAUUCCGCUAGGAGAACUCUUAUUUUUCCACAUAAUCCUCAUACGAAAGGGGAUCACAACAUAUGAGUACGUAGUUGCGAUGAGGACCCAGAGUGAACCACCAGGUCCGUCAAUAGAUGGAAUGGAUCAACAAAGCCUGCAGUCUUCUCCCACAAGCUCUGCGGUGACUGCCAUCAGUGGACGAAGCUCCCAUGGCUUGAGCUUGCAACAUAAAGGUGCUUGGUGCACCCCUCCCAGAAUUUUCAUGGAUCAACAGGAUGAAGUCAUCCCACAUCUAGAGCCAGGACGGCUUCCAUCCACAGUCGAUCCAGAUGCAGUCUACCCACCCGACAAAGGCAAAAGAUUACCUCAACGACCUGUCAGAAUCAGCGCCUGGAAGCUCGUGAAACUGGAUUCGACCGAAGCAAUCAAAGCAGGCGCCAAAGCCCGAGCUUCAUCCUCUGUUCUACGCCCAUUAGGCGCCAAAUACAAUCAAUAUGAUCCUGACCAUCUAUCUAGUAGUAACGUGAGCGGAAAAAGCAGCCCGAACAGUACCCAUCACAGAUUCCAUGAAAGGAGCCACUCCAAAAGCUCGUACCCACCUAGUCGAGCCAGCAGGGAGGAUCUUGAAACCUGCGGUCAUAGUGUUAGUAAUUUGAGCAGUCCAGUGCCCGGUAGAGACCAUUUUAAUCCCAUGUACCAGUCUUCAGCAAAUCAGUCCCCUUGGUCUGGAAAGGCAAGCGAAGGGGGGAACAACGAGCCAAUGGGGGUCCCACCUCCUGCCAGGAGAAACAACUUAGGUGUUGGUGAAAGUACGAGAUCGUCCUCGGUGUACUGGGAUCAAGAAGCAGGGCGGUUUGUCUCUGGUUCAACGACAAGAAGCAUAGGCGGCUCUUCGUCUCAGGCUUCGGGCACAGAGCUAACGUACACUGGUCAGUCGAUAUUCUUUGGCGGGCCGCUUGUUGGCGGCGGUCGGAACGGUGGGGGCGGGGGCGGGGGCGGUGAUCCUCAGAGGGGCCCAACCCCAUUGAGUUAUUAUCAGCAAGGUAGAUCACAGAGAGGAGGGCAGCUGCCUGUGUUUGUUCCAAGUGAACAAAACCAGACUCCUAGAUUACAAUGAGAAUGAGAUUGGGGUUAUGAAAUUUGUUUUCUCUGUAGAUCUGUUCUUGAAUCUUUUUCAGCAAAUUUUGUCUUGUUUUCUAGAUUCUUCUGCAGCCCCAAUUUCAGAUUGUGUUAUCAAACCAACUGUGAAGUGGUUUAGUGUUGAUUCUUGAA